CCGGCGACUCGAAUGCAGUUUUCAAACCUCAACUGUAGGCUGCGGUCCUCGUCUUCGUUGUGGUCGUUGGGAAUCAUCUCAUAGAGACCAGGUCACAACUGGCGAACUUUUUCCGGAAAAGUACGAGAAGGUCCUGCCACGCUCGGAACUACCUGGCGCUUCACCGGGCUAGAGCUGGAGAACGUGUCCUGUCGUGGCCACCGGCGUGGAUCUGGACGGGAGCCCCCUCGGAGGGGGCAGCCCUGGGAGGACCUUCUGCGGCCGGAGCGGUAAAAAUACGUGAUUAAGAAGGAUAUCUGGUAGUCAUCUAACAUGUCAAGGAGAAGGUUUGAUUGCCGAAGUAUUUCAGGCUUGCUAACUACAACUCCUCAAACUCCAAUCAAAAUGGAAAACUUCAAUAAUUUUUAUACGCUUACAUCUAAAGAGCUAGGACGAGGAAAAUUUGCUGUGGUAAGACAAUGUAUAUCAAAAUCUACUGGUCAAGAAUAUGCUGCAAAAUUUCUAAAAAAGAGAAGAAGAGGACAGGAUUGUCGAGCAGAGAUUCUGCAUGAGAUUGCCGUGCUUGAAUUGGCCAAGUCCUGUCCCCGCGUGAUUAAUCUUCAUGAAGUCUAUGAAAAUACAAGUGAAAUCAUUUUGAUAUUGGAAUAUGCUGCAGGUGGGGAAAUUUUCAACCUGUGUUUACCUGAGCUGGCUGAAAUGGUCUCUGAAAAUGAUAUUAUCAGACUCAUUAAACAAAUACUUGAAGGAAUUUAUUAUCUCCAUCAGAAUAACAUAGUACACCUUGAUUUAAAGCCACAGAAUAUAUUAUUGAGCAGCAUAUGCCCUCUUGGUGACAUAAAAAUUGUAGAUUUUGGAAUGUCUCGAAAAAUUGGGAAUGCAUGUGAACUUCGGGAAAUCAUGGGAACUCCGGAAUACUUAGCUCCAGAAAUCUUGAACUAUGAUCCUAUUACCACAGCAACGGAUAUGUGGAAUAUUGGUAUAAUAACAUAUAUGUUGUUAACUCAUACAUCCCCAUUUGUGGGAGAAGAUAAUCAAGAAACAUACCUCAAUAUUUCUCAAGUUAAUGUAGAUUAUUCAGAAGAAACUUUUUCAUCAGUUUCACAGCUGGCCACAGACUUUAUCCAGGGCCUUCUAGUAAAAAAUCCAGAGAAAAGACCAACAGCAGAAAUCUGCCUUUCUCAUUCUUGGCUACAGCAAUGGGACUUUGAAAACUUAUUUCACCCUGAAGAAACUUCUAGUUCCUCUCAAAUUCAGGAUCAUACAGUUAGAUCUUCUGAAGACAAAAAUUCUAAAUCUUCUUGUAAUGGAACCUGUGGUGAUCGAGAAGACAAAGAGAAUAUCCCAGAGGAUAGCAGCUUGGUUUCCAAAAGAUUUCGCUUUGAUGACUCAUUGCCCAAUCCCCAUGAACUUGUUUCAGAUGUGCUCUGUUAGCACUUUUCUCUUUGACUCAUUUGAACUGAAUUUGGAAUUGUAAAUCCACUUUAGUGUGAAAUUAUGGUUUAUAACUUCAUAUAUAACUUGUUUAUAUUGUAAGUGCACUUUUGCAUAGAAGAAUUUAGGGAAGUGUUUUUAUGCUAAAUUACUAGUUGUUAGCAUAAUUUCAUUUCCUAUCCUGGAAUAUCAACCCUGCAGAGAAGGUAUUUAAAUGUGUAACAAAAAAUAAAAUUGUGCAUGAGUUUACAUGUUAAUGGAAGAAUUCAAGUUCAAAUGAUUUAUCAAAGUUUUAUAAUUUAUCACCAAAAAAGUGAUUUGCAUUAUGUAAACUGAACAAAAUUAAGACAUUCAAAUUUAAUAGGUUCUUCCUGUAAGGUGAGUCCUAUACCAUACCUCUAUAAAGAAAUUGUAUUUAGGAAAACAGUAUCAUGUUUAAGCCAGAAUAUAUGCUAUUUUCGAGAUGCAUAAGAGACAUCUUACAAUAGAAAAUAUUUUUCAAUCAUACAUUUUGAAAAUGCAUAAGAUUUCCAUGAUAUAAUAGGGUUUUCUAUAUGAGAGAGACCCUUUAACAAGAGCGAAAAGGAAGUUGGAAAACCUUAUCGGGAAUAAGUUGGAGCAGAGGUAAGGUUAGCGUGGUUUCAUUUUUGAACCCAAAUAUCUUUUGCACCCUGUCAUCAUAUUUCAAAGUUAAUGAGGUGUAGAAGAUAGAGAAUAGACAGUAUGUAAGUGUAGAGGUUUCCCACCCUCCAGAAUUUCUAAAGAGAAGAUGAUUAGUUGAAACAGAGUGUACCCUAUUUUUAAUCAGCCAAAAAAGUAUCGAGUGUAUAAAAUGUUGACAAAUUUAAGCAGUUCACAGAGCUGUAGAUGUCUUCUACGUCUUAGAAUACAAAGUAGCCUUUCAGAGUUUUAAAAGUAUGCAUAAAAAAAAUACUGCAGCACCAGGAGAACUAUUAACACAGUGAUAGAGUCAGCAGCAAAGUUGACGUGAUCCUAAAACUUGAUGACAUCAAGCUCGUCUAGCGUCCUUGUGUAAAAUUACUAGUGAGUGAUGAGGUUCAGCAUAAGGCCAUUUGCAGAGUGCUCUUUAAGUAUGGUCCUUUCCUGGGACUGACACAAGUUAAGAAUCUAAGGAGAGCAGGAUGUUUGAUCAAUGGCCAAUGGCUAUGUUCAGUCCUAAUUUGGGAGGAGGGGUGCAAGAAGGGAGACAUUCAUUUUUGGGUAAUCUUUGAUGAGUCCCCACCUGGUGAUUAUCACAAAUCUGUUAUCACAUUAAGAUAGUUGUGACCUCAUGACCAUGUUACUAUAUUAAAAGGAACUAUAUUUUGGCAAAACAUACCUGGGUUUUCAAACCUUUUAAUUCAUGUAUUACUCUAAAAAUCUUUAACUUCUUGAAAUUUUGAUAAAACUUCAAGUUCUUUAGUAACUGCAAACAAAACGUUUUAUUAACCAUCAGGUCAGUUUAUUUGGCUAGAUGGUGAAUUCCUUUAAUAUCUUUACCAUUUUCUCAAGGAAAAGUUACUGCUACUUGUGUAUGAUGUGCAUGUAUGUAUAUGUAUAGGUAUAUGUAUAUAUGUAUAGAUAGUUAAAAUAUAGUCUUUAGACAACUUUUUUAGAGAUUCUUGGCUCUAGUAUAUUUUUACUCAACUCAGGUGCCAAAGGAACUCUCUUAUGACAUGUAAAUAUGCAUUUAAAUUCUUUAAGAAGCAGUUUGUUGGUCCAAUAAACUAGCCAUUUUAGAAGCUACAUUGGGCUCUUGUGUGUCUAAAAUUGAUGAGUUGUUUCUAAAUUAUUGACUUCCAUUUAUUUGCCCUCAGUAUUAAGAUAACACAGGUAAACCUUAGUAAAUCACUGGAGAAUGAGGAAAUGAUUACUUUCCCAAAAGACCAUACUAUAUUUUAAAAUUUCUAAAAUAUACCAUACCAAAACAAAAAAAUCAAGAAAUGUUUGAAUUUUGAAUUAUAACCUAUUUCUUAAAAAUAUAUUUUUAAACAGCUUUCUUUUUCUCUGAGAAAUCUUAAUAUAGUUUAUAUGCUUCCCCUUAUUUAACAGAAUACAUGGUUUUAAAGUUCCAUACCUUUUUACCUAACAGUAAGUUUUAUUGGAAAAAAGCAACUAGUGGUUGCACAAAUGGUAUGAAAAAGUGGUUUCAAAAAAUUGAAUUUAAAUAUUUUCACUGAUUGAAAUGUGAAAAUAAAUUAUAUCUUUAAAAAGAGUUUAUUAACAAAUGACUCGAUUCUUACUCUUUUUCUAACAGAAGCAGAUGAUGUAUCUCAAUAGGAAUCUAGGGUCCCCCUCUGAGAUGAAUAGAUAUCAGUAACACUUAACCACAUCUGAAUAUUAAUGUUAAAUCAUGAUGAUUUUAUAAAGUUUAAUUUGUUUUUAGGAUAGGUUCCCUGGAUAGAUGGGAUUGAGACAAUACAUGAUGUAUAGAUGACAAUUUAAAUUGUCAUUUUAAUUUUUUUCCCCACAGUACAGUUAACCUAACUCUAAGUGGUAAAACUAUUAUGGCACUUUGAAGAAGUAAGCAGUCCCCUGCUCCCUAGUCUAGCAAGAGAAGGUGCUUGUGCCAGAGUAUAAACGAAUACAUAGCUUCCUUUAUCAAGAAAGUCUUGUUAUAAGAAAAAGUUAAGUGAGCCAGUGUGAUUAGUGACGUAAUUGAUUUUCAUUCUGGCACAAACACUUUUCUUUCAUUUUGGACUGGUCACAAAUUGUUCAUAGACCAUACUUUGAAUAGCCUUGUUCUAAGCAACAUUUAUAAAUGUUGAUAUUUUAUAACUGUUUACAUUUCUUUGAUUUGUUUUUGAGUUUGCAGUUUGAUAUCUGACUUAGGAGCCUGUCUUUGUUAAUUGUGUAAACAAUAGUACUUUAAUUUCAAACUGUAUUAAGAUUAAAUUAUCUGACUUUCAAUUUGGGAGAUUAUUAUCAAUCCAUUAUUUUAUAAAAAUAUUUUAAAGAACUUUAACUCAUUGUAAAUUUCCACAAGUUACAACUGUGCUGCCGUCUCAACUUUCAUUAAAUAAUCAUGCUGCUUAAGGCUUAUAGACAGACAUUAUUAUGAAUACUCUGGUAAAAAGAACUGUUUAUUAUAUCAACUUGAUCCUUUUAGUUGAAAAUUAAAAAGCACUUUUUUUUUUUAA